GUUCGUUCCCAUUCCAAGGCUUCGACCAGUGUCCUUGGCAAUAGCUAGCUGAUCUCCAGUAAUCAUCUUAACAUUGACACCAAGAUGAAGUGGCAAGAGACCUGUAAACACCCAUGGAGUCUUCUCUGUGUUGUAUGAUAUGGAUGCCGCGCCUACUUCUUCUAGUACUACCGCCGGCGGGGGAGAUGGUGCUCCUCUUCCUACUCCCAUGCCGGCGCCCAACGCGCCGCCACCGUUCCUGGUGAAGACUUACGAUAUGGUGGAUGACCCCGCCACCGACAAGGUAGUGUCGUGGAGCCCUACCAAUAACAGUUUCAUCGUUUGGGACUCGGCCGAGUUCGCUAGAGACUUGUUGCCUAAGUACUUCAAGCACAAUAACUUCUCCAGCUUUGUGCGCCAGCUCAAUACUUAUGGCUUUAGAAAGGUUGACCCAGACCGCUGGGAGUUUGCAAACGAGGGUUUCUUAAGAGGACAAAAGCAUCUGCUGAAAAGUAUCAUUCGUCGAAAACCUGCUCAUGGACAUCCUCAGCAACAACAGCAGCCGAAUGGUCAGACUCCUACCGUUGGAGCUUGUGUUGAGGUUGGGAAAUUUGGGCUGGAGGAGGAAGUUGAGAGACUUAAAAGGGACAAGAAUGUGCUGAUGCAGGAGCUUGUCAGACUGAGACAGCAGCAACAAACUACUGAUGGUCAGUUACAAGCAAUGGUUCAGCGUCUUCAGGGUAUGGAACAACGUCAACAGCAGAUGAUGUCCUUCCUUGCAAAGGCCAUGAACAGCCCUGGAUUUCUUGCUCAAUUUAUGCAACAACCUACGGAUAGCAGCCGGCGAGUAAGCGAAGGCAACAAGAAACGGAGACUUAAACAAGAUGGUGUGACUGAUGAGUCUGUCAGCCCUUCUGACGGUCAGAUUAUUAAGUACCAACCUUUGAUGAAUGAAGCUGCACAAGCAAUGCUUAGGCAGAUUAUGAAACUGGAUUCUUCUCCUAGGCUAGAGAAGUUUGGAAAUGCUCCUGAGAGUUUCUUGAUUGGGAAUGGUUCUUCAUCGUCUGAUGCAUUGGAGUGCAGCAGUUCUUCCAAUCAUGUUUCAGGAGUGACUCUUCAGGAAGUACCUCCGACAUCUGGGCCUGGAUUUGUUCCAUCUGGCUCUUCUAUUAUGGGUUCUUCACCUGCAGCAACUUCAGAGGUUCAGACGCCGUUGGCUGGAGCUUGUACAGAAGCUGCAAAUAUUCAGUUUGCAUGUCAAAGUCCGACGAUUGGAGCCGAAGUAGUACCUCCAACCCUUCCACUAGCAGAUGAUAUAAUACCUGACUUUUCUCAAAUGGUUCAUUAUAGCAAUGUCGAUAUAAUGGGAUCUGAAACAGAGGGUGGCAUUUUCUCUGAUCCCACGUCAUUAUCAGGGAGUGAUAGACUCCCAUUUGAGAUAGGUGGAUUUUCACCUGAAUCACCGAUAGAAUGGGAGAUACCAGAACUUAUCGAACCUUUCUGGGAAAAAUUCCUCCAGAGCCCACCUCCAGUUGAUACUGAGAUGCACUCGACCCUAACAGAGGAUCUCCCCGAGGGAAAUGAAACAAAGCCACCAGAGAAUGGGUGGGACAAAUCUCAGCAAAUGGCUCAACUAACAGAGAAGAUGGAAAAUCUCACACAAGAUGCCAAGAAAGCUUAAUUUCUCUUAACUAAUGUACGUCUCCUGUCUCACAUAAAUCCAAUAGUGUUGUCAUUGCCAUCGCCUAUUAACUUGGCUUUUAUAGAGUUAAUAUCCUUUUGGUUCUGUAAACUGUAUUUUUUAAUCUCGUCGUUUUUUUACAAUUUAUCUGAAGUGAACUUCAUAACUA